AAUUCUAUUAAGAUCAAACCUGAAACUGAAAGAAGUUCUGUUCUCAAUGAACCCUUAUUUUCCUUUGGAUCUGGAAUCCAAAAUAUCAACUCGCAGAAGGUUAUGACACCAUCUGUUGUAUCUGGGGAUCAUGAACUGGGUAGGUUUAGUGACACACCAGGGGAUGCUUCCCUUGAUGACCUAUUUCAACCACUAGACAAAGUUCAUGGGGAUCAAGUAUCUGGAGCCUCAACUUCUACCAUUGACCAAGGAAACUCCGUCCUGUUAGACGGUGUGCAAAGUGAUUUGGCUAAGACUCUUAAAGCUAGGAUGUCUCAGAAACAAAUGGAAAAUGAUGCUGGACAGAGAAAUGGUGGAAAGCUUCUGGAGUUUGUUAUGGGUGUUCUUCAGGAGGAUGGGAUUGAUAUUGAUAGUACGGUCUUUGAUGAAAAUCUACCUGCAGACAACCUUUUCACCUUACAGCCUGUAGAAUUUAGCAAGUUAGUUGGAUUAUUGAAGCCGGAUGUCCCUGAAGAUAGAAUUUUGUCAGCGUGCCAGAAGCUGUUUACUUUCUUUAUGCAACGUCCAGAGCAGAAACAUGUGUUCAUGUCCCAGUAUGGCUUGCUUCCACUAAUGGAACUUCUUGAUGUUCCAAAAAAUCGUGUUAUAUCUUCAGUUCUCCAAGUUAUCAAUCUAAUCAUCAAAGAUAACCCUUCCUUUCAAGAAAAUGCUUGUUUGAUUGGCCUUAUUCCUCUCGUCAUGAACUUUGCAGUUCAUGAUCGUCCUCGGGAAGUUCGGAUGCAAGCAGCUUAUUUUAUUCAGCAACUUUGCCAGUCAAGUAUCUUGACUUUACAAAUGUUUGUUGCUUGUCGUGGUAUACCAGUUUUGGUUGGCUUUCUUGAGGCUGAUUAUGCAAAGUAUAGGGAAAUGGUCCAUCUUGCUAUUGAUGGCAUGUGGCAAGUUUUUAAACUUCAGCACUCUACUCCUAGGAAUGACUUCUGUCGAAUUGCUGCAAAGAACGGUAUACUUAUUAGGCUAGUGAACACACUUCACAACUUGAAUGAAGCGACAAGAUUGGCCUCCUUGCCCAUUCCACAGAAUGCAACUCCACGAUCAAGAUCUGGUCUGCUGGAUCCUUCUAAUCAGUAUUUCGUUGCACAAUUUGAAGCCCCAGCUUCCAACUCUGGUCAACUUGACCCAUCUAAGGUCAGGCUUGAAAAUCCUUUAUCAGCUGGCAAUAUAGAAUUAUUACCCACUUCGGCAUCCCACCCACAAAGACCAGAUGUUAAUUUGUUGGAUACAAAGCAGUAUUCUGGUGAUAAAGAUAAGUCUCACCAAGGGCAUGCUAACAUUGAAGCUUCGGUGACUGCUAGACUUCUAGAGGGUGCUACUGAAAAUACCGGACUUUUAAUGAACAGAGUUUCUGCUACCACAUCAAAAGAGCAAGAACAUUUAGGUCUAUGGAAGCCUGAUGUUUCUCGGGUUGAGAUUGAUUUAUCUAGGCAGCAAAGAGCUAUUAACCCCGCUUGCAGAAAUUCUACCGAUAUUCCUCGGAGAAGUGUUGAUUGCACCUCAAAUUUAAACAAUGUAUCUGCUAGUGCAUUAGGGCCUCAGAAUGACCAGAUUCGACCGCUUCUUAGCUUGUUGGAAAAGGAGCCGCCUUCUCGACAUGUCUCAGGACAACUUGAUUAUGUUCGCCACCUCUCUGGAUUGGAAAGACAUGAAAACAUCUUGCCACUUUUACAUGCUACAACUGAAAGAAAAGUAAAUGGUGAACUUGACCUUCUGAUGGCAGAAUUUGCAGAGGUUUCCAAGCAUGGACGGGAAAAUGGGACCCUUGAUGCCAAUAUGAGGUAUCCCAAUAGAACAUCAAGUAAAAAGGUUUUGCCAUCGCAUGCUGGGUCAGCAAAUGCUAAUGAAGGGGCAACCUCUGGAGUUGCAUCUCAGACAGCAUCCGGUGUGCUAUCUGGUUCUGGUGUUCUGAAUGCAAGACCAGGGAGUACAACAUCCUCUGGAUUAUUAUCACAAAUGGUCUCAUCACUGAAUGCUGAUGUGGCAAGAGAAUAUCUUGAAAAAGUUGCUGAUCUGUUGCUGGAGUUCGCACAAGCUGACACUAUUGUGAAGUCGUACAUGUGCAGCCAAAGCUUGCUUAGUCGCCUUUUUCAGAUGUUCAAUAAGAUUGAGUCUCCAAUUCUUUUGAAGAUUUUGAUGUGUAUCAAUUAUCUGUCAACCGACCCGAACUGUUUAGAAAAUCUUCAACGUGCUGAUGCAAUCAAAUAUUUGAUUCCAAAUCUGGAGCUCCAUGAAGGGCCACUUGUCUUCAAAAUACAUAAUGAAGUUCUCAAUGCUCUCUUCAACCUCUGCAAGAUAAAUAAGAGAAGACAGGAGCAAGCGGCUGAAAAUGGAAUUAUUCCACACUUGAUGAAUUUUAUUGAGUCAGAUUCUCCACUGAAGCAGAAUGCGCUUCCUUUACUUUGUGAUAUGGCCCAUGCAUCUCGUAACUCAAGGGAGCAGUUAAGGGCUCAUGGAGGACUGGAUGUGUACUUGAACCUUUUGGAGGAUGAAGCAUGGGCAGUGGUGGCAUUAGAUUCCAUUGCAGUCUGCUUGGCUCACGAUAAUGAUCACAGGAAAGUAGAACAAGCAUUGUUGAAGAAAGAAGCAAUCCAGAAAUUAGUGAAGUUUUUCCAGAACUGCCCUGAACAGUACUUUGUGCACAUAUUGGAGCCAUUUUUAAAAAUCAUCACGAAAUCUGCCCGAAUAAAUACUGCAAUGGCAAUCAAUGGUUUGACAACAUUGCUCAUAGCAAGGCUUGACCAUCAAGAUGCAAUAGCUCGUCUUAAUCUGCUCAAACUAAUAAAGGCUGUUUAUGAGCAUCAUCCUCGACCUAAACAACUCAUUGUGGAGAACGAGCUUCCGCAAAAGCUACAAAACCUGAUUGAAGAACGGAGAGAUGGGCAGCGCUCUGGGGGCCAAGUCUUAGUCAAACAAAUGGCCACAUCAUUGCUUAAAGCUCUUCAUAUAAAUACCGUUUUGUAAAUCUGUGUUAGGAAAUGUAAUUAUUCUUCUAUUGUCUUUUUCUGUUGUUUUAUUUCAUCCUUAGAAAAUCUAGGUUUUUUAGGGGCUCAGUUUUCUCUUUCAGGCAAGGUUUGCGGUCAAUGUAAAUGGUGCAGUCUUUUUCUAACCAAGAUUUGUACAUCCGCGCCUGGAAAAUUAUGCCAUGUACUUAAAUAUAUCUAUGGCCUGAAAUUCUAAAUUAUUCUUGUUUAUUGCGUCUUAAAUUAAACAAUCAUG